UCUUCCCCAGCCACGGUCGACCAAGUCGGACGGCGAGCCGCGAGCAAAGCAGGAAAUAAACCAACUCGCAGCACAAACACACACACACACCAUGGUGAUGGAGGAGGCGGUAGACGGUGAGAUGAGCUUGUCGAACAUGGUGCUGGGCUUCAUGGAAGAUUUCGAGAGGGACCAUCAGCGACGGUUGGAGAACGACGACGACGACGACGAGGGCUCCAGCGGUGGCGACACCGCCGAGAGCAAGGCCUUCUGGCAGACACAACAUUCCCAGCUGCAUGAGGCUCUGGCCAAGACGAGCCCGGCCGAGAGCAGGAUCCGCGCGGACACGGAGGAGGCCGUCAAGAGCAUGCGCGCCGCCGCGGCCUGCUCCUGCACGGGAAGGGGAAGACCCGCCGCCCGGGACUGCCGGCUGUGCAUGCUCCGGCACGUCGCCGACCGGCUGCGCGACGCCGGCUACAACAGCGCGCUCUGCAAGUCCAAGUGGACGCGCUCGCCGGACAUCCCUUCAGGAACGCGUCUCUUUCUCUCACGGUUCAGUGAUAGCGGCCACCACUUGCGGCGUACGUCCACAUCAACCCUGUCCGACCUAAGGAAUUACAACACGUACGUUAGCUGCUCAACAUCCCAAAAAUCUGAACCAGAUACAUUCGAUGCCGAACAAGUUGGUUCCUUCGUUCGUUCGUUCUGCUUCACGAGUUUGUUUGGCCAUCGUCCGUUACAUGCUGACGUGUUUAAUUUCCGAAACGUGCGCAGGCGAGCACAGCUACGUGGAGGUGGUGGUGCAGACGAGGAGCGGCAAGGCGGUGCGCGUGGUGGUGGAGCUCAGCUUCCGCGCCGAGUUCGAGGUGGCGCGCGCCAGCGCCGGGUACCGCGCGCUGGUGACCGCGCUGCCGGAGGCGUUCGUGGGGCGGGCCGACCGCCUGCGCGGCGUCGUCAAGGUCAUGUGCGCCGCGGCCAAGCAGUGCAUGAAGGAGAACAACAUGCACAUGGGGCCCUGGAGGAAGCACAAGUACAUGCAGGCGAAGUGGCUCGGCACGCCCGAGCGGACGGCGCCGGCGGCCGUGGCGGCGACGCCCGUGGUGGUUCCGUCGGUGACGGUCGUCGGCUCGCCGGAGAAGCAGACCAAGUUCAGGGCGUCCAUGCUCACCUUCGACUUUGGCCGGAACGCGGUGGAGGUCGCGUGAUGGAGUAUAGAUAUAUACUGCCGAGCUGCAUUAGUAGUUCUACUUCUAUAUAGAGUGUCAAUGUAUACGGGAGGAAAAAAAUGGUUUCUAUAGAGUGCACCCCAGCCGAGUUUUAGGUUUUUGUCAGGAUUCAGAAAGCCAAUGUCGAAGGCCAAAUCGGUAAUCAAUCGAGCUCGAGAUAAGGCAAGCUUGUGACGUACUCCGAUCGCGUCGCUGUAAGAGAGCUGCAAGCUCAAAGCUCAUGAAUUUUGUUUUAAACUGAAGAAUGCCCCCUAUUGUAUUGUAAGGGAAU